AUGGACCGGAUGCUGACCCAAAUCCUCGACGCGUGCGGUCUGGCCCGCGAACUGGACCGCUCCCUCCGCCUCGCCGCCGGCACCGUCGACCCCCACUACCUCCUCGCCUCCUGCGAGGACGUCGCCGGCGCCUUUCGAAAGGCCGCCGCCGCGCUCAGGGAGCGCAUGCCCCAGCCGGCCGCUUUGGAGUUGACGAAACAGUCCCUGGAGGGCGGCGACGCCGGGUCGUCGCCGCCGGAACAACGCGGGUCGAGGAAGAGGAAGGAGAAGAACACGACGGCGAUAAGAGUGCCGGCGAUGGGAACCGGGAACAUCGACAACCCACCGGACGACGGUCACACGUGGCGGAAGUAUGGCCAGAAGGACAUCCUCAAUUCGAGAUUUCCUAGGAGUUAUUACCGUUGCACGCACAAGAGCUUCUACGGCUGCGAGGCGAAGAAGCAAGUGCAGCGGCUCGACGACGACCCCUUCACCUACGAGGUCACCUACUACGGCAUGCACACGUGUCAGACCUUCCCGGCCUCACUCCUCUUCGCCACCAGCGACGCUCGCUCCGGCGAAGUCAUGCAGCCGGCACCGACGACGUCCUCGUCGCAUCACACGGAGAUGGGGAGGGUCCAUGAUUGGCUGCAGGGGACCAUCGGCGCCCCGCAGCAAGGAAUGGGUGUGCCGGCGCAGGGCGGCCGCAGAGACGUGGAGGAUUCGGUGGCAGAGCUCGCCGACGCUAUGUUCAAUCCCGUCAUCUUUCCGGCGAGGACACAUUAGGAGUUGGAGCUAAUAUUCAGAAGAAGAA